AUGUCAGAUGAUAUAUUAAUAACUAAACAUGAUGCAAAACAUAAUGCAUUAUAUUCAUAUAUGGGAAUUAGAUUAUUAUUAUAUAUAUUUUUUUUCAUUUUAAAUAUUUUCCAAGCUUAUGUUGAGGGGAGAACAAUGGUAAAAAAAAAAAAUAAAUAUGGCACUAGAUUUUUUAUUUAUUUAUCAAUGUCAAUAUUUUGUUUUAUGCGUUCAUUAUCCACAAUUUUAUUUUACCAAAAUCCAACUGGUAUCACUGUUGGUAGUAUUGGAUUUUUCUUCUCCUCAAUUGGUACAAUUUGUGUAUUUUGUGAAUGGGUUUUUAUUCUUCACUUUUGGUUACUUAUAAUGUAUUCAUUUUUUGUAUCUGAUGAUAUUAGAGUAAAUAAUUUAAAACCAGUAAAUAUUGCAACUGUUAUAUUUAUAAUUGUUUUAUUAUGUUACCAAACAUUUAUUUGUGUUGGUAGUUUAACAAUGGAUUUAAAAUUUGGUCAAGGUGUUGGAUUUUUAUUAUUAUUAUUAAUUUAUUCAAUAAUGAUUAUAUCAUUUGGUAGUGCAUUAUUAAGAAGUUUAAAAAAACAUAAAAAGAAUACAUCAUUUGAACAUUUUCAAGAUAUGAUUUUUAAAACUAAAGUUUUAUUAGUAACUUUAAUCCUAACAUUUGUAUGUACAUUUGUUGAAGAAUUAGUAUUCAAUUUUCAAUUUGAUUUUUCAUUAAAAAAUAAAAUUUGGUGGUUAUUCUUUACACAAUUAAUUGAUACAACACAAAUGAUAGUUGUAAUGUUUGUCUUGGCAAAUUUUAAAUUUCAAAAUUAUUUAUUAUUUAGAAAAGUUAAAACAACUUCAUUUAGUGAUAAAUCAAGUUUAGAAAUUGAUAGUGUGGGUAAAAAAAAUAAAUCAAGUCUUGAUUUAACAGGUGGUAAAUCAUUAGAUCAAUCAAUUGAAUUGGAAAAUUCAUUUUCAAGUAUUUCAAAAUCAAUUGAUAUUGUUGUAAAUAAUGAAACAAAUAAUUCAAUUUUAAAUACAGAUAAUAGUAAUACUUUAAAUAACUCUAUAAUUGAAGAAAAUAAUAAUUGA